CUAAAAAAAAAAUAGUUUUCGCAUCACCAUAACGUCACUCUAAAUCACCUGUCCGCCGGUGGCCUUAUAAAUUAUACCAAGAGUCUCAUGCGGUUUUUGUACAAGCUGGAAAGAAGGAAGAUGAAGCCGCAGAGAAGAAACUCUGAUGCACUGCACACGUGCGAACCAUUCCGCCGCACGAUUCCGUACCGAAUCUACGCCGUUGUUCACACGUGUGGAAUCCUUGCCCUAAUGUACCGCCACGCACGCACGCUUCUCCACGGCAAAACCCUGAUCUCCUCCCUCCUCUUCAUCUCCGACAUCAUCCUCGCCUUCAUGUGGGCCACCUUAACGCCCCUCCGGUUAAACCCGGUUCACCGGUCCGAGUUCCCGGAUGACUACAAACCGGAACUAACCGAACCGGACGGUGGCAACCGGUUCCCGGGUAUCGACGUGUUCAUAUGCACGGCCGAUCCGUACAAGGAGCCACCGAUGAUGGUAGUGAACACCGCCUUGUCGGUGAUGGCUUACGAUUACCCGUCCGAGAAGAUUUCGGUCUACGUAUCGGACGAUGGAGGUUCGUCGUUGACUUUGUUUGCUUUGGUGGAGGCUGCCGAGUUCUCUAAGCUCUGGUUACCCUUUUGCAAGAAGAAUAAUCUUUUGGACAGAUCUCCGGAAGCUUAUUUUGCUUCAAAUGCACAUUCUUGGACCGACGACGAAGCACGAAAUCUUAAGAUGAGAUAUGAGGAGAUGAAGAGGAGAGUGGAGGAAGUGGUGGAAAGUGGUCAAGUUCCUGAGCUCAUCGACUCACUUGGAAUCUUCCGUUUAUGGACCCACGAUUUCACCCGUCAUCAUCACCCCACUAUCAUCCAGGUUUUACUCGAAAGCGAGAAGGAGAGGGAUGAAAGUGGAAAUGUGAUGCCUAACCUAAUCUAUCUAUCAAGAGAGAAGAGUAGGGUUUCACCUCAUCAUUUCAAAGCCGGUGCCCUUAAUACAUUGUUACGAGUCUCGGGUGUGAUGACAAACUCGCCAAUUAUCCUAGCCAUAGACUGUGACAUGUAUUCGAACGAUCCGAAGACGCCUCUCCGUGCCCUAUGCUACUUAUCCGACCCCAAGAUCAAAUCCGAAUUAGGGUUUGUACAGUUUCCUCAGAGGUUUAAGGGGAUAAACAAGAGUGAUAUCUAUGCUUGUGAGCUGAAGCGCCUCUUCCACAUCAACUCGACCGGGUUCGACGGGCUCAAGGGACCGAACCAUGUCGGGACAGGGUGUUUCUUCAACCGAAGGGCCUUUUUUGGUGGACCUCAUAAUUUGGUUUUACCUGAGAUUGAUGAACUUGGGCCUUAUUGGAUCUCACGUAAGCCCAUUAAGGCCCAAGAGAUUUUGGCAUUGGCGCACAAGGUUGCAGGAUGCAACUACGAGCAUGAUUAUACCAAUUGGGGAGUUAAGACGGGAUUUCGGUAUGGAUCUUUGGUGGAAGACUACUACACGGGAUAUAGACUCCAUUGUGAGGGAUGGAGAUCAAUAUUUUGCAACCCUAAAAGAGCAGCAUUCUAUGGCGAUGUUCCAAUGAGUCUUAUUGAUGUGUUGGGCCAACAGAAGAGAUGGUCCAUUGGGCUUCUUGAAGUGGCCUUCUCAAGGUAUAGUACCCUAACCUAUGGGGUCAACUCAAUGGGCCUUUUAAUGGGUUUGGGCUAUUCCCACUAUGCGUUAUGGCCACUCUGGUCGAUUCCUCUCGCCAUCUAUGGAUUUCUGCCUCAACUUGCUAUUCUCCAUGGAGUUAGCGUCUUCCCCAAGGCAUCGGAUCCUUGGUUCUUGCUCUACAUUUUCUUGGUCAUGGGAGCAUACGGGCAAGAUCUAUUGGAUUUCACACUCGGAGGAGGGACAGUUGGAAGAUGGUGGAAUGACCAGAGAAUGUGGAUGAUAAGAGGGCUCUCUUCUUUCUUCUUUGGACUCGUAGAGUUCUCUCUCAAAACCCUAAAAAUAUCAACACAUGGAUUCAACCUCACCAGCAAGAUCAAUGAUGAUGAACAGACGAAGAUGUACGAGCGAGAGAUGUUCGACUUUGGGGUUGCCUCGCCAAUGUUCUUGCCAAUGGCGACAGCUGCCGUUCUCAACCCCCUAGCCCUAGUACAGGGGCUUUUUGGUCUUUUUACCUACCGAGGAGGAGGAGGAGAAGUGCUCGCCAUGGAAUUGUUGGUGGUGGGAUUCGUGGUGGUGAAUUCCAUCCCGGUUUAUGAGGCUAUGGUGCUAAGGAAGGAUAAAGGGAGAUUGCCAAAAAGGGUUUGUUGUUCUGCUGUGAUUCUCUCCUCUGCUCUGUAUGUUUUGGGUUACUUCUUCUUCAAGUAAUUGCGUCCGUUGGGGCUUUGUAGUAGCAGAAAAAAGUUAUCCAGCUAAAAUGGCGCAUAAGAAUAAAAUAAAGCCUUUCUUUCUCAGUGAAGAAGACGAAUGGAAACGUUAAUCGUUAGUCUCUCUUUUCAGCGAUUUCUCUUCUGUUUUCUCGUA